AUGUCGCACCUGCUCUGCGGACGCGUGCACCGGCGCCCGGCUGCGUUUCGCCUGCAGGGCGCCGUAAUUGCCGUCGUGCAGGAAGAACUGCUGGAGCGAGCGGAAUGUGUGGAAGCGGAGUUCAAAGUCGUACCGCUCCAGCAGCGUGUUGUCGUCGGCGAAGCUGUUCAUGCAGGCUACCGCGCGUCCGACCGCCGCCAACUGCGCCGCGUGGCUGGCGGAGCCCCGCCGCACGUUGUCCGCAAUGACGUCCGUCUCCGCGGGGACAUGCAGCCGCGCCAACACCAGCGCCAGCACGCGGCAGAGUGA